AACUUUAACCCUUUGCCAUGAAAAUUUCCAGGCUUGCUGUCUUCUGCAUCCAGGUUUCAUUUCCCUUCACCAGUACUUCAAGGCACAGAGGAGCUGGUAAAGGCAUUGCCAUGAAACCUAACUUGAAGCAAUGGAAACAACUCAUGCUGUUUGGGAUCUUUGCAUGGGGGCUGCUUUUUUUGGUGAUCUUCAUCUAUUUUACAGAUAGCAACACUGCUGAGCCAGUUCCCAGUUCCUUUUCUUACAUUGAAACUAAGAGGCUUCUGCCCAUCCAGGGCAAGCAGAGAGUCAUAAUGGGAGCCAUACACGAUCCAUCAUUCUCUGAAACUAUUGAUGAGAAUGAGGUGGUACUUAAUGAAGAUCUUUUAGGUACAUUUAAAUCGGGGACUGGAAGUAUUAAAAAAUGGACUGAUUUAGAGGAUGCCUUCAGAAGCGAAGAUGAUUUUUUUCCAUCCCAGAUAGGAAGAAAAUCCAAAGGUGCUUUCUACCACACGAGUAAUGAUUAUUUAUUUGCUGCUGGUCAGCCUCAGUCACACAACAGCCUUCAAGAAAUAGCAAAAUUCAUCUCUGCCAAUGAGGGUAAUCCAAAGGAAAAUGUUUUACAGAAUAACUGGAGCCACCAGAGAAGAAUGAGGAGAAGGAACACAAGGCACAGGAGAAGCCAGAUGCUUGACGAAUCUGACGACUGGGAUGGGCUAUAUUCCACGAUGUCGAAAUCUUUUCUCUACAAGCUUUGGAAAGGGGAUGUCUCUUCCAAGAUGCUAAACCCUCGUCUGCAGAAGGCCAUGAAAGAUUAUUUGAGCACCAAUAAGCAUGGGGUGCGUUUCAAAGGGAAACGAAACUCCAAACUGACAGGAGACCAGCUUUUCUGUGAGCUGAAAGAAAGGGUGAAUGUGAAAACAAUAGAUGGCAAGGAAGCUCCCUUCUCCACUCUUGGUUGGGAAAAGCACGUUCCCCAAAUUCCACUGGGCAAAUUGUAUACACAUGGCUUUGGGAGCUGUGCCGUAGUUAUGUCUGCCGGUGCCAUACUGAACUCCUCUCUAGGGGAUGAAAUAGAUUCUCAUGAUGCUGUUCUGAGAUUUAAUUCUGCUCCAACACGCGGCUAUGAAAAAGAUGUUGGAAAUAAAACAACUAUGCGAAUCAUCAACUCACAGAUUCUCACCAAUCCAAACCACCACUUUGUUGACAGCUCUUUGUACAAAGAUGUUAUCUUAGUGGCCUGGGAUCCUGCUCCCUACUCUGCAAAUCUGAAUGUGUGGUAUAAGAAGCCAGACUACAAUCUGUUCACUCCUUACGUACAGCAUCGCAAGAAGAAUCCGCACCAGCCGUUUUACAUUCUCCAUCCAAAGUUUAUAUGGCAGCUCUGGGAUAUCAUUCAGGAGAACACAAAAGAGAAGAUACAGCCCAACCCUCCUUCUUCAGGUUUCAUCGGUAUCCUCAUCAUGAUGUCCAUGUGUAAUGAAGUACACGUGUAUGAGUACAUCCCUUCAGUCCGACAGACCGACCUCUGUCACUACCAUGAACUCUACUACGAUGCAGCUUGUACCUUAGGGGCUUACCAUCCACUGCUCUAUGAGAAGCUGUUGGUUCAGAGGAUGAACAAAGGUUUGCAGGAUGAUUUGUAUCGGAAAGGGAAAGUCAUUUUGCCAGGGUUCAGGUCUGUCAAGUGCCCUGAACGGAAUAAUUUCCCACACUUGUAAAAGAGAAUCUUUCACAAACAAUGUGCAAUAAGGUACUACUGUUGUACUAUAAACAAGAAGAGAAUACUUGAAAAAUACUUGCAUCUUAGACCAAUCUAGUCUUGAGUCUAUAAAUUUUAAGUAAGUAGCAGGCAUGAGAAAUACUUUUUUUCUGAGCCUGAGUAUUUAUUACUGCUUUGCAAAUAGUUAAAGAAAAAAAAGCUUAGCUCAUGAAGGAUGCAAAGGACAUAAUUAGGCAGAAAUAUAAUGUAUUGUUGUGGGUGUGACUGUCAGAAUUUGUUGGUGGUCUCUUAUGCCACAUGUGCUAGAUUGUAAUUU